AUAACAAUCCAUUUCAGUUUAGAACGAACUGUUGAGGAUAAGAGGGCCCGUGUUGGAUAGGACUGUAGUAAAAAUUUGUAGCUGCGUCAAGCAAAAUAUCAUAAAUUGUUGAAGCAAAAGGGAAAAAAAGAAAUUCGAAAGAAAAAAGAAUAAGAAAAAAUUCUUAAACUUGUUUCUUCUAAGAAGUUUAUAUUAAUAUAUACGCUGUGUUCAAGUGCGGAUGGUGUUUUUGUGUUAUGCUUCAUUCUCGUUGUGGAUAUGUGAAAGGUGAAUUUCAAUUAGUUUCAAUUUAAAACGAAAAAUUGUUAAGUAUUAUAUGGAGAAAACGAACACUGGCUUGAACUCUGUGCUCUUGGUGGAAAAAUAAAACCGUGUUCUGUUGGAAACGAAACGGAUUUAAAAUCAAAUAAAAAAAAAGAAAUUUUUGUAUUGUGAAAUGGUUUGAAAAGAAAUAUCUAACAAAAUUCGUGUUGAUAUAUUGAUUGAUGUUAAACACAACAUACACAAAAAAAAGUAAUAAAAAGUGAAUAAAUUGCAUAAGAACAAGAGCUAGGCUGUCCUGUUAGAAUUUUGUAAACAAAAUACACAUAACAGCCAACAUUUCAUUAUCAAAAUACCGUACGUUGUUAUACUAACAAUUGAAUGAAAUAUAGAUAACGCGUCGCUGAUCCAGCUGAAUUGUUAUUGUAAUUAGCCGCAUAACGAAAGCUUCGAUGCUGAGCAUGAUGGUUCAAUUUUAAUCCUUUUUCGAGUAUCCAAAAUUGAUUAUGGACACACCACAUCAACAAACUGCUAGAGCGAAACAACUGCAAAAAAUCAAACCACAUUAGCAAUUUGCCGACGAUACUAUGUGCGCGAACAGUUGCCGUUACUAUUAUGGUUCAUCGUCACCAUCAUUUCCAAAUUUAAGUCCACCACGCGAUAUGCCGCAGCCACAUAAAACGGUCAGCCGAAAAAUUCAGCAAUUCUCCGAAGAUCCCGACAGUAUCGAAUUUUGUCUUGACGAUGAGCCCACUGUGUCGGCAAGAUACUUUAAGAAUGGCCAUUGUCGCCAUAAAACAUACGAUCCACAGGUGAGAUGGUCACGAAAUAAUAUUGCUGUGACGAUGGAACGUUUUCAGCCCAUCACUUCGCCGUCAUCAACAUCCGAGACUUCGUCAUACACUAGUCAUCAAGAUUAUUCGUAUGCAUACUAUGAGCCGGGAGCUAUUAUGUGCCAUUCAAACAUACCAACCCCAGAGGAAGUAGCUGGUCCGUCAAACGUCUUGCCGCCUCCAAAUUCAAUGCGUGCUUUAUUGAUAAAAACCAAAGAGAAACCCAAUAAAUCACAGUCGACAAGUCGAUCGUACGCAACGCAUGAGAACAUUUACGAAGAUGUUUCCGACGAAAAACAUCGACGCUUAGCUUCGUCUGCACAAUCGCUUAACGAACGGGGUUGCAGCAAAAAAGAAUUUCAACACAUUCUCAACAACCACUACCGCGUUUUGGAAGAAUUGAAUUUGUCGGUCGAAGAAUUAUUAAUGUCAUCGUCACCGCCCAAAGAUCCAGCACUACCGCCGAUUGUAAGUCGAGCCUCACAGCCGUGUGUCACGACAUUGAGCACCGAAAUGCUAUCACUAGACCUCAAAGACGAUACGCGCUCUCCGGUCAGUGAAUUGGUUGUUGGCGAGGACAGUGGUUUCAGCGGUAGCAGCAGCGGGGCCAGCUACAUUGGUAGUCUGCGAAAUUAUAAAACGGCUAUAACACGGUCACUGCGUCGAUCGUCGGCUCCAAAUUGUUCCAGUGGUAGCGGUACGAUUUAUGGAAGCUGUCGAACUGCCAAAUUCCCAAACGAAUCACGAAUCGGCUCAUUUUAUGGGACCAGCCAAACAAAGGAUAAUAAAAGUCUGGAUUCGUCGCAGAAAAGCUUGAAAUUUUCGAUAUGGAACAAACGCAUUUGAGAGAAGAAGCUGUUCGGUUACACCGAGCUCAAACAUUGUCGGUUACAUCAAACGUUUUAAGAAAUGAGGGUUCCGCUCUAAAAGAUUUUUAUGGUUAGGGAAAUAACAAGAUGAAGAGAAGAAAAAACCACAAAAGGCCCAUUUAGUUUGUAUGUGAUAUGUUCCAUCAUGCAACUUUCUCCCCCAAAAUUGUUUUGAUCGUCUUCAUCAUCAUCAUCAUCAUCUUUGGUGAUGUAAGACCAGAAUAAAUAUGUAUCAUUUGAGCUUCCUUCCUUCCUCAAACAAACCACAUUACCGAAAUAUAUUGUUCGCUACAAAUAAAAAAAGUGUCUUUCAUCCACACAACAAUAUACACUCCCGAACAAAUUACCAUGAUGAAAAACCAUCAAUUUCCACACAAACGUCUGUGUAUAAUAAAAUACUUUGAUUACAAAAUGCGAUAUGGAAUGUUUCCGCUAAUAGCUAAAUUGCAAAAAAGCGGUUGUGUGUACUCGAAACGCAGACUAAAAUAUUACAGACGAAAACCGAAUAGAUAUAAAACCAGAGAUACUAUCAAGACUUCAACUUUUCCUACAAAGUUAUACAUACAACUCGUAGCGUAACAACAUCCAAAAAGCAUACACACACAUAUACCCCCCGCAACAACGCAUACCCACACUCAUUAAGGGUUGGCAAAAGAAAUAAAAUGAUAUAAUUCAUGCACCCUUAUUCUAUUCACACAAAAAAAAACUUCUUUUUUUGGUGUGUGCCUUGAUUUUCCCUCUGGUGCGAUAUAGAAGGCAGACAUGUUACGAAAUUCGAAUUUACAGAAUAUGUGUAAAGCAAUUAAAAUUGCUCAAAAAAAGUGUACAGCUUAUUUUCCUCUUUUACGUCGAUUAAACAAAGUUGUGGUUUGAUUGAGUUAGUCGGUGUUCGUGUUAGAGACGUAUACAUUUUUGAAAAUAAUUUUUCGUUUUUAUAGUUGGGUUGAGUAUACAAUCUAGCACAAUUUUAGAGACAUGCAUUCACAAGGUCGCACCUCUUGGGCGGGUCAGGUCCCAUGAGUAAAAUGUUUUUAAAUAGAUUUUUGAAUUUAAAAAAAUUAUAUUUCAUCGUGAACGGACCGCAAAGCGGGAGUUUUCUGCGUUUCAUUCACUCUAUUCGUCAAACAUACAUAAGAGUAGCGACUUCGUACGUUUCUAAGGUUCUUUUGUCCAAUAAAAAGCACCUUUCUCUAAUUGUAAAAAAAACUCGUGUGAAUUACGGCCCUUGCUUCGCUCUGGUCGCAAACUUCACAGUCGUUAAUGCUUACUGAAGUUAUCGUAUCGAAAAAACAGAAACUACCUUCUUUCGGUAUAAAAAACAUUCUCGCUGAUCUCUGGCACACGAUAGACAAAAUGUUGUUCCUAACUUAAGCGUAGAAGCCUUUCAGCGAAUUCGAUUCGAGAAUACUGAAUACGCACCGAGAUCGUGCUGGAAACGCUUGAAACCUCGAUUUUUUCUAUAUUACGCAACGAGGUAGGAAGGAAAACAAUUAUUAAAAAAAUACUCCCAUCUCACUACUCCAAUUUUAUCUACCUACAAAAUCAACAUCAAGAAUUUAAUUCUUCUUCGAUUGAAGCAAAAAUGUUGAAAAUUGAUGAAGAGUCACCUAAGUUAUCAUUGUAGUCAUCGUCAACUUGUCGUUAUGGACAUUUCAAGGGAUUUGCUCUCAUAAGACCCUGACUUUCAGUCAAGGGAAUUAUACAAUGAAAGCGAACCAUGAUAUAACCAACAAUUUUGUAAAGAGGAAAGUGGACCAUUUUAAUUGCUCUAUUGGCAACCCGCCCAUACUGAAACGAUAUAUACAUCGAGCUAAAUACCAACCCUCCCUAACACACAUCUAGCUACAUCAAUAGCUUUGUCACUAAAUGUUAAUCCAUUUGAA